GGAGCCUCGCUUCUCUCUCUCUCUCUCUCUCUCUCUCUCUCACUCUCUCUCUCUCUCUUCAACUAAAUCUGCAGAUUUGCAAUACCCAGCAGUAGAAAGAGCAAAGUUGCUUCAGAAUCUUUUACCCCCAGUAAAACCUUCUCUGUCGCAAAUACUGAAUAAGACAUGCCUACCACCGGGGCACAUGAUUAAGUCAAAUCAAGCUUUUGAAAGGAAAGGUCACUGAUAUUCUAUUAUUCAUUCAUCCCGUCUCGCUCGCUCUUUCGUCUGUUUGGAAACGGUCGGUAAAUAAUAUUCAUUCCCAAAGAGAGUGAGAGUUUGUUGAUUCAUCAUCGACAUGGAAAGAAUGGAGGAGGAGAAAGUUGAGACUGUCGACGACGCCCAGAGUGUUGGGAGUGAAUGCAGUGGUGGUGGCAAUGUUGGGGAAAUGGCGAAAUUCACGCAACAAGUUAUGGCCGACGUGGUGGCCACGAUCACCGCACCCGUCGAAGAAGUCGUGGGGGUGGUGGUUCCUCCUCCUGCUGGGGACGAGGGCAGUGCUCCAAGCACUCUUUCCCAAGAUCGACCCUCGCUGCCCAGCCAUUUCAAGUCCGAUAAGAGCCCACUGGGGAGAAUACCAAAGCUCGAGAGGAAACAUAGCAGUGGGGACUUGCACUCUCGACUCAAAACCAGGAAAAUGUUGGGUGUGGGAGAAACGGACAAUGGAGAUAUUCACAGGUCCAAGAUCUCCCAAGUCUUGGGACACAAUGAGCACUUGUAUCUGAAGCUGCCGAAAGGAUACUGGAACUGGCAGGGUUUUCUGGCUUCACUUCUUGCAUUUCAGGCUGGAUUCAUAAUUCUCCUUCCGGAAAGCUCGGCUCAGUUGGGACUCAUUGGCGUGCAAACUCCCACCCACUACGUUCCCUCGCAGUACUACGCGGUGACCAUGCUGGCACUGUCCUAUCUGAUCUGGAAAUUCCUCAACAUAAAGGACAAAAUGGUGACGAGGGCAACCUUGGUGGCAAUUCUUCUCCACUUCUCCUCCCUCUGCGCGGUGGAUCUGUUGCAUGCCAUUCGAUCUGGACAGUGGUCAACCUUGGUGGAUGUCAAGGGUCUGACGAUGAUGGGACUUCGAGGUCUGACUCUGAUCGUCUCCUUCACGUAUCUCUACCGAAUGGGGACUGCGACCUCGGGCUUGCGAAAGUCACCCUCGUACAAAGACGUCUCCUCGGACCACAACAACACGGCCAAUCAGAACCGGAGAGAAUGAGACAAAAGAAACCUUAGUAUGCUUAGAUUAGUGUAGCCAACCUCGUAUCAUCUCACUUUACCCACAAGCUGAAUUGCUAAUAAUUUCCUCUACAUACUCAUGAUAACCAACCUGACGACUAUGUGUUACUAAGUACUUAUCUUCUUACCCGAGAAAUAACUGGCCAAAUUUUCAUACCAUGUGAAAGAAAUGGGUAGAAUCUUCUACGACAAAUUUACUACAUCAGGACGAACGAAUGAAUGGUACUGCAUAUGUGAUGUUAUAUAAUAAUAAGGAAAAAACAAGAUAUUAUCUACAUAAAUGUCGACAUUAGAGACAAUCAUUUCCUAAAUUACUGUCACGUCUAUAGUUUUUUUAUUCGAAUUUGAUACAUAUGUACACAGGCAAUGUGUAAUUCGAAUUGGUCGUUUUCUCUCCAGAACAAAAAAGGAACAAGUGGUAAAUAGUAUUCACUCUGUCUCUGAAUGCGUAUAAGCAAAUCGUUUUCCCGGAUUAAUGUAAAUUUACAUGAGGUGAAUGCUUUCUCUCUUUUUUUCUCUCUCUGCUGAGACAAACGAGAAGAACAAAUUUAAUACGUGAACAAAUUCUGUACAUUGAUGGAACAAAUCGUAUUGAAGAACAAAAUCCUGUGAGGGGAAAAAAGUGUUGAUAGUUUACUUUUCAUAAUCAUGUUACAAGUACUGACGAUCGAGUAAAGGGUAAAGAGCUAACUACGCUAACUUUCCUGUACUUCUAUAAAUAGUUAGUUCAUUAUGAGGGUGAUUUGAUUUCAAAGAUUUCGGAUAUCUAGAUGAUCUGAAGAGAAACCCAAGUGUUGUAGACGUAGCUGGACCUGUAGCUGAUUAUUACGAGGUGUAGUUGCACGCACAUAAAUAGGCACAUAAAUAAAUACGUAUGUAUAAUGUACAUGGAAAAGUAUAUCCUCUCUGUCUCCUCUCCAGACUUGAAUUUCUAUCAAAUCUAUCUAAUGCUGCUGCACUCGUCGAACUCCUGUGGUGAUUUCAGAUAAGAACAGAACAUAAUAUUUAUGAAAACAAUUAAUGGUCUGUAGGACGUUACACGAUUAAAUGUUAAUAGAGCUAUACAGAUAAAUACUUACAUAUUUAUGGAUUACCAAGUGUUAUAUAUACAUUACAUUAUUGUUGUCAAAUAUAUUUACGAGGAAUUUAGGUGAAAGGCAACACUCGCCUUUUUAGCACGCAUCUCCUCACUUUUGAGUCUCACCUUCUCACGAGACGGUCUGGAUUUCAGAUAAAUGUUGUUAUAAAAUAAUGGAAAUGAUUUCAUGUCCUCGAGUAGGUAACUGAUCACACGCUCGUAAUCGAUACGGUAUUGAUGUGGAUUCAACGUAACGAUGUGAAGUGUAAGUUAAUCUCAACUUUGGUGAUGGAGCAUAUUAUCUAAUUUAAGGUUCGUAGAUACUUAGCAAAGCAUAUAUUUAAACGUGUCCAUGUAAUUUAUGAAAAUAAAUGGAAAUGUUUGUCAUGUCCAA